AUGCAAUGCAUUUGUCUAACGACUCCCCGUGUAGUGGAAUUUGCGGACCUUCCCAUCAUCGAUCUUUCAAAAGCACAGACACCCAAAGGACGUGCAGAGCUCUAUCCGCACCUUCGAGAUGCAUUACGCACCCAUAGUUUUCUCUACGUCAUCAAUCAUGGUUAUACUCAAGCUCAGCGUGACAGGAUCUUUGACAUAGCUGGUGUGCCUUUCAAUGACGUCUCUCCAGAUGAAAAGAAGACAUACACCGCCGAUGUCGAGGAAGUCGGGUCUUAUGCAGGUUAUAAACCCCAUCAAUUCUGGAAAGUCGACACGGAUAAUCAAAUUCGCGAUCAGAUUGAGAAUUAUGCAAUAAACCUCAAUGUCACAAAACGUCCCCAUCCUACGGCCCUGCGCCCCUUCCUUCCAGAACUCGAUGAUUUUGCUCGCCAUAAUCAUUUUAAUAUUCUCCAUCCGAUCCUUCGGUCAAUCCUGCCGCGGGUCCCUCGUCGAUGUUUCAGCUUACAAGCACCAUCAUAUGGCUUGAUUGCGUUAAGGCUCGAGCUGCCCGAGGAAGUUCUAGUGGAAAAACACAAUUUUGACCGAACAGGAGGUUUCUCUUUCUUCUCCUGUAUCUAG